AUGGCCGACGCACAAGCAGCAGCAGCACACGCAGCAUUCGUAGAAAUAGGAAGAAGGUUUUUAACAGAGUCUUGGUCCUACCUCGGUACAGCAGCAAUCUUUGUUUUCCUACGCACCUUUGCAAGAUGGAAGGUGGUUGGCUUCCGGAAUUUCAAGCCUGACGACUACCUCAUGUUCUUUGCUCUCUUCUGCUUUACUCUAGAGUCCACAGCAGCCCAUCUGGUUAUUACCUGGGGGGGCACCAACAGUUAUCUGACCGAAGAAGAGCGACUGGCCCUCUCCGAUGACGAGUUCUGGCGCCGUACCAAUGGCAGCAAGGCCUUUUUGCUGGGAUGGAACUCGUACUGUGGGACGGUGUGGACGCUGAAGUUGUGCAUGAUCUUUUUCUUCCGGAGGGUUACUAUUGGUCUUGAGAGAGCUUCGAUGAUCAAGUAUGCGUUUGCAGCAACGGGACUGACAUAUGUGAUUAUGAUGUUGACACUGUACUUGACGUGUCGGCCAUAUCACAAGCAGUGGCAGGUUAUUCCUGAUCCUGGCAAGAAAUGCUGGGUCGAGUACAACCUUUACUACGUCAUCAGUCUUGCCCUCAAUCUGUCCACUGAUAUCUUGAUCAUGGCCAUCCCCAUGCCUCUCCUCCUCAAGGUCAAGGUGCCAAUGCGCCGCAAAGUCGUCCUCAUCGGCAUGUUCUCCGCCGGCUUCUUCGUCAUGAUCGCCGCCACCCUCCGCUGCAUCUACGCCUUCACCAACACGCAGGCCAACGGUCUCGUUAUCGCCAUCUGGUCCUGCCGCGAGGCCUUCGUCGCCAUGAUUGUCGGCAACGUUCCCAUGAUCAAGCCCAUCAUCUCGCGGUACGGGGGCAAGUGGACCAACUCGAGCCUGAGUAGUAGUGGCAAGAAGGGCGGCAAGGGCGGCAAGGGCAGCAAUAUGAAUGACAGCGUGGAGCUGAGCAGCCGCAGCACCGGCAAUCACCACUCGAACGACAGCGAGAGGCAGAUCUGCGGGACGGACUCGGACAGCAUGGAGCAUAUUGUGGGGAAGGAGGGCGGGCUGGAGAUCGCGACGAGUAAGACGUACGAGGUGACGUACGAGAACAAUGAGGAGGCGGGGUUGGGGUAUACGGCGAGGGCGCAUGCGGGCACGGCGGUGGUGUGA